GCGCGCCGGAAGUCCCUGGUGAGGGACGGGAAAGCCGGCCCGUCGGAAGCUCUGCGGAAGCCAGCAUUUCCUGUUUUAGAAGGAGAGUUUGUGUGUUAGCGAGCGCCAGCUCUGUCGGGGUGGUGAGGAGUGGGAGCUGGGGCAUGGACAGCCGCCUGCAGGAGAUCCGGGAGCGGCAGAAGCUACGGCGGCAGCUCCUAGCUCAGCAGUUGGGAGCUGAAAGUGCGGAUAGCAUUGGUGCUGUGUUAAAUAGCAAAGAUGAGCAGAGAGAAAUUGCUGAGACAAGAGAAACUUGCAGGGCUUCUUAUGAUACCCCUGCUCCAAAUUCAAAACGGAAAUGCCUGGAUGAAGGAGACACAGAUGAAGACAAAAUAGAAGAAUAUAAGGAUGAACUAGAAAUGCAGCAGGAGGAAGAAAAUUUGCCAUAUGAAGAAGAGAUUUACAAAGAUUCAAGCACCUUUCUUAAGGGAACGCAGAGCUUAAAUCCCCAUAAUGAUUACUGCCAACAUUUUGUAGACACUGGACAUAGACCUCAGAAUUUCAUCAGGGACGUAGGUUUAGCUGACAGAUUUGAAGAAUACCCUAAACUUAGGGAACUCAUCAGACUAAAGGAUGAGUUAAUAGCUAAAUCAAAUACUCCUCCUAUGUACUUACAAGCCGAUAUAGAAGCGUUUGACAUCAGAGAAUUGACACCCAAAUUUGAUGUGAUUCUUCUGGAGCCUCCUUUGGAAGAGUACUACAGAGAGACCGGCAUCACCGCGAAUGAGAAGUGCUGGACAUGGGACGAUAUUAUGAAGUUAGAAAUCGAUGAGAUCGCAGCACCUCGGUCAUUUAUCUUCCUCUGGUGCGGUUCUGGCGAAGGACUGGACCUGGGAAGAGUAUGUUUGCGAAAGUGGGGAUACAGAAGGUGUGAAGAUAUUUGUUGGAUUAAAACCAAUAAAAACAAUCCCGGAAAGACGAAGACUCUAGAUCCAAAGGCAGUUUUCCAGAGAACAAAGGAACAUUGCCUUAUGGGGAUCAAAGGAACUGUGAAGCGAAGCACAGAUGGGGAUUUCAUUCAUGCUAAUGUUGACAUUGACUUAAUUAUCACAGAAGAACCUGAAAUUGGCAAUAUAGAAAAACCUGUAGAAAUUUUUCAUAUAAUAGAGCAUUUCUGUCUUGGAAGACGGCGUCUGCAUCUGUUUGGGAGAGACAGUACUAUCAGGCCAGGCUGGCUCACAGUUGGACCAACACUUACAAAUAGUAACUACAAUGCAGAAACAUAUGCGUCCUAUUUCAGUGCCCCUAAUUCGUACUUGACUGGCUGCACGGAGGAAAUCGAGAGGCUUAGACCCAAGUCGCCUCCUCCCAAGUCCAAGUCUGACAGAGGCGGUGGAGCUCCCAGAGGUGGAGGACGAGGGGGAACUUCUGCCGGCCGAGGUCGGGAAAGAAAUCGAUCCAAUUUCCGAGGAGAAAGAGGUGGCUUUAGGGGGGGUCGUGGAGGCACACACAGAGGGGGCUUUCCACCUCGGUAACUUUAAAGACACUUAACAAUGUCCCUUAUGAUCUUUGUUUUGGAGACUUGCUUUAGAACUCACUCCCAGCUUGCAUUUGGCUUUAGUUUCUCAUGCUGCCAGAAAGAUCAGAGCCACCCUUACCCCCACCCCCUAGGUCCUUGCAGUUGUCACAGAGACUGCACUUCUGCUCUGGGUAGGUGAGUCUCGUACUUGCAGUAGCACAGAUUGCAACACUCAGACACUGACAUGACUGGUUUCAGCUAAGGCUCUGGCUUCUUGGAAAUAAAUGAGCAGCAGUUUCUGCAUCUCCGAGGAGCAUGGCAGGAGAUGGUGCCGUGUUUCCUUGCCACGGCUGAAACAGCAACAGGAGAAUGGGAACCUGGGUAGAAUAGAAUUUAGAGGUGGUCAGCCUCUUUGGGCCUUAAACAUUUUCUUGCUGAAACACUAAAAAGACAGACCAUUUUCCCCUUAUGUUUAAAUUCUGAAAAAUAACGUGAAGUAUCAUUUGAGUACUGAAGACUUGGAGAAAUGAAAUGGUAUCACUUCCUUCUAGAUCUGACUCUUGAGGGGCUGGAGCCCUCAGGGUAGGUAAAGGAAGAGGUAGAGCUUACUAGAUUUAAAAACAAAACCCAAAGCUUAUAAUGUAAAUUGUGCAACUACAGAGGAGUCAUAAUCAUGCUUCUUAAGAAGCAAGGGAAGGUAGGGCUGUCAUGUGGACUUGGACUGACCUUCUAAGACAAUUCGUAUUUCUUAGCAAAGGUCAAAACAGACUUUCUGGGGGGAGGGCACAGUUUAAACUUUUUAGAAAAUAAAUGCUUGAUGAUGAAGAAAUGGCAUCUUUGAAGUUGUUACUGAAAAAAUUUAGGUAAAAGCAAGUACAGAAAACCCUCAAGGAUACAGCUUGGAAGAUGAAACUACAGUUGCCUUUUAUUAGACUAUGUGGUGCAGAAGUCUCCAUGGGGCUGGUGGUCAGAUCUCUUGGCUGUAGAAAGCAUCAUGCUGUUGUCUUUCUACACCUUAACUCAUGUUUGAAUGGAUGUGGAUAUGCUGGAUGAGAUGAUACAUUAUUGUUCUUGGUAACUCCUUUUUUAUUUUGCUUUACCUUUUCUAAUAAAACUUUAAACCUUUGAAA